AGUUCCGGUAUUUUAGGGCGGAGCAGGCGGAAGUAGGAGUGAGAAGUGGCUGCUACGCCGAGCGGAGGAGGCUGGAACAGGAGUGUUAGCAAAAGCUGGGUGGGCACCAUGGCUGGGAUCACCACCAUCGAGGCGGUGAAGCGCAAGAUCCAGGUUCUGCAGCAGCAGGCCGAUGAUGCCGAGGAGAGGGCCGAACGCCUCCAGCGGGAAGUGGAGGGAGAAAGGCGGGCUCGGGAACAGAGGUAUGAAGGUUAUUGAAAACCGGGCCUUAAAAGAUGAAGAAAAGAUGGAACUCCAGGAAAUCCAGCUCAAGGAAGCUAAGCACAUUGCAGAAGAGGCAGAUCGGAAGUACGAGGAGGUGGCUCGUAAGUUGGUGAUUAUUGAAGGGGACUUGGAACGCACAGAAGAGCGAGCUGAGUUGGCAGAAUCCCGUUGCCGAGAGAUGGAUGAGCAGAUCAGACUGAUGGACCAGAACCUGAAGUGUCUGAGUGCUGCUGAAGAAAAGUACUCUCAAAAAGAAGACAAAUAUGAGGAAGAGAUAAAGAUUCUUACUGAUAAACUCAAGGAGGCAGAGACCCGUGCGGAGUUUGCUGAGAGAUCAGUAGCCAAACUGGAAAAGACAAUUGAUGAUUUGGAAGAUAAACUGAAAUGCACCAAAGAGGAGCACCUCUGUACACAAAGGAUGCUGGACCAGACUCUGCUUGACCUGAAUGAGAUGUAGAGCAUCGCAGUCCUGCCCUGCCGCUGCUCCUCCCCUUGACCCUGACUCCGCCUGAGGCCAGCCUGCCCGAAGCUGACCUUUAAACUGAGGGCCGAUCUUUAACUGGAAGGCUGCUUUCUCCUCGCCAUCCACCCUCCCUCUCAAUCAUGUCUUUUUUUUAAAUUUUUUUUUCCUCUGCCAUAUUGUCUCUGCCUCUCCCCAGAGAUCCCAACUGGGCUUAGAGGCUGAGAACCUUUGGGAACAUUUAAGGGAACAUGAGCACAGUGCAAGUGUCUUUAAAAGCAUGUUGUGAUGUACACAUUUUGUAACUGCCUUUUUUGUUAUAGCACCAUAUGUAACACAUUCCAAAUAACUCUGCAGCUGUGAAGCAGCAAUCUAACCCCUUUCUUUUGGAAAGUAACUUUUCAGCUGAAUACAUAUUGCCCUCUCCACAGAGGAGGGAAAGAAGUAUGGGUCUGCCUUACUGAGAGCCAAACAUAGCCAAGGGAAAGACUCUACUCUGGGAGCCCUCAUUGCUCUGUACAAAGCACCAGUCAAA